GAGAGAGAGAGAGAGAAAGAGAGAGAAAGAAACGAGAGAAAAGAGAAAGAGAGCUGGUACUCGCGGUGAAGAGUACUAUCCGUGCGCGGUCGCCACACUGUUCUCCACACCGUUGUCCGCGUCGUCCUCGCGGGAAUCGCGUCGCGAGCGCGGAAUGUCCGAUUGACUUCCGCGCAGUGGAAACGGAUACCGCGCGUCGGACGCGCGCAAGUGGAGGAGAAUCCUGUCCUGCGUAGCAGAGUGGUGAACAGAAAUCGCGCGGUCGUACGUAUCCGUGUAUACGUUUCGCGCGCACCUUUCGCUUUCUACGAGUGAUUCUGUGAUUCGUGAUAGAGACCUCGGGUGAUCCUCGCUUCAAAAACCGCUUCAAAAAACCGGACGAAGGGUUAAAGGAGAUCUGGUCGGGUAGAAUGGCUGGCACGAGAAUGGAUCGGAAGAUCAUUCUAUACAUGUCCGUCUGGAUGCUGACGGCGAUCACUCUGAGGUGUCAGGCGACCAAUCACGAAAGCGCGGAGGUGGAGGGGAAUUCCGAAGAUUCUGUUAUAGACGAUACGACCGAGGAUUAUUGGGCGGGCAGCGGAUCAGGACCCGAUGAGGAUGAGUCCUCUUCUCACAACGAAACCAGAGAAGCGUUAACUCACGAGGCCAGCGACCACGAUGCUGUCGUGUACGUCGGUGACGGUGCUGCUUACGUACCGGUUCCUUCGUUGAAGAACCGACCGUUAAACCCAAACCUCCAAGCUCUUCAAACUCUUCAAGGCUUGCAGAGCCUCGCUGGAGGUACAGGUGUAAUCGGCGACGAAGAUUGGAGAAGACAUCCGGAAACCUGGGACCGCGAACACCGAAGAUACAGACCGAACACAACGAGAGUGCAACAUAUCGAAGCGGAAUGUCAAGACGACUACAUGAAAAUCAGAAUCGGAUUCAAUGGUUCCUUCACUGGCCUUUUGUAUUCAGCAGGCUACUCGUACGAUCCCGAUUGCAUGUACGUUAAUGGGACGGGCCGCGACUACUAUGAGUUCUACAUUCAGCUGAAUCGUUGCGGCACCCUCGGCGAGAACACUCAUCAUCAGGACAGCAGGAAGAAUCCGACGAAAAAUCUCAUGUGGAACACGGUCACGGUGCAGUAUAAUCCAUUGAUCGAGGAGGAAUUCGACGAGCAUUUCAAGGUGACUUGCGAGUACGGCUACGACUUUUGGAAGACGGUGACAUUUCCCUUUCUCGAUGUCGAGGUCGCCACGGGAAAUCCCGUAGUCUUCACCCUCCAGCCUCCGGAGUGCUACAUGGAGAUCAGAUACGGUUACGGGACCACUGGAACUAGAGUGGCUGGACCAGUUCGCGUCGGCGAUCCCCUGACUCUCAUUAUCUACAUGCGCAGCAAAUAUGAUGGUUUUGAUAUCGUUGUAAACGAUUGCUACGCGCAUAAUGGCGGAAACAAAAGGAUUCAGCUAAUUGAUCAAUAUGGAUGUCCGGUGGACGAUAAAUUGAUCAGCCGGUUUCGAGGUUCCUGGUCAGAGUCUGGUUUGUUCGAGACGCAAGUAUUUGCCUAUAUGAAGACCUUCAGGUUCACGGGAUCACCGGCUCUGUAUAUCGAAUGCGAUGUUCGCAUGUGCCACGGAAGAUGUCCGAGCCAACCUUGCCACUGGAGAAAUGCAAAAAAUGUGGUAAAGCGAUCGGUGCCGGAAAUCGGUGAACCAUCGACACCGGCAACUAGUUUGUCGGAGAACGUGAAUCUCUUCCAAUCUCUUCGAGUUCUUCAGGAAGGUGAGGCGGACACGGAACUGUUCCAGAAUUCUACAACCUUCUCUCGCAGCGGACUUAGUGAGCCCACGACCGACAGAGUAUGUCUGAGAUCUACAGUGGCCAGUACAAUAGUGGGGCUCGGCUGUGGUUUCUUCUGUAUUAUGGCUGGUACGAUACUAGCCAUGUGUUCGCGAAUGCGACGGCAGGCGCGAGAAAAAUUAUUGUCGGACAGUAUAAGCUACAUGACGCACAAAGGCCGAAUCAACUAGAGCAAUGUUUCUAGCAUACAGAGGCCUAUUUCUUUUCGCUUCAUCCCAAUUCAGUUGCGAUGUACUCGCAACUAUGUUUCGUACUACGUUUUCGUAUGGAGCUGCUAGGGAACCGCUCCGCCGGUAAUAUAGGAAUAUGUAAUGCGUCGUUAAGAUAGAAAACAAUCGAUACAAAUGACUGAACUUUGAACUACCGAUAAGUCGACAUUGAUUGAGAUAAAGAUACAAUUAAGACGCAACGAUAAUAAAUUUAAUUCUUUUUUAUCCGAAUCGGAAGAAUAUCAGAUUUGUAAAAAAAAACUUUAGAAGGGUUUUUUUUUUUUCAUACUUUACUCUUCUCUAUCUCUCUGUAUUAACUUCUUAAGAUAAGCGUGGGAUUGACACAGUGCGAAGUGCCUUACAUAUUUUGUUAGUAGUCAUAAUUCAGGCUCCCGUGGAUAUAAUAGGUCUCAUCGAUCCUUCGUGUGCGAAUGCUUUUUUUAUAUAUAUAUAUAAAUAAUAUUUGCUACUAUUCUCUCGCUUCUCUUACUUACGGAAGUGUUAACUGAUACUCAUUCGUCAAUUAAUGUAUAUGUCGCGAGUGAAGUAUUUGUAGCGAAGUAUCGCUCAUCGAUAAAUAGAGAUAAAAGUCGUCGAUAUUGCCACGAUCUCGAUGCCGAAUGUGCGGUUAUUAAAAGACUAAGAUUUCGAUUUUUAUCGCAUCAAUUGAUAAUUUAACAUAUCCAAUCGAUAUGAUAUCUUCUUUUUUAUGCAUAUUUCGAUCCUGCAUACGGCACGUUUAGGGAUCAAAAUGUAACGUCAGUAACGACGCUUAACUACCGUUGAUAAGAUUCAGUACUUAUAUAUUUACUAUUACAUUACUCGCCAUAUUCAGGAACUGAAUGAAAAUAAUUUUAAUAGACAUCUCGAAUUGAAAUAUUAUUAAUCAAAGCAUUAAAUGCAAAGCUACGACUGAAAAAGUAAAAAAUUCAUAUAUGAGAAAAUUUAUUUUAUUAAAGAAAUUUGUGCAAUUGUCA